AUGGUUUGAAGCUUAAAUCUUUUGCUUGUGCAGAGACGACUGCAGAAACACUGCAUGUCGUAAGAGGCGACUAAUCAUUAACGUAAUCGGAGUUGGACCAACAAAAACAUGGGUGUGUUGUCCUAUAUGAAAUUUAUUCAUCUACAGAAUCACAAUAAUUUUGAUCAGAAGACGCCGUAAAUCUCAUGGAAAAAUAUCACGUUUUAGGACAUUCUGAUUUGAGACCUCCUUUGAUGGCUUUUUCACAACCUAAUACUCAAAGAGAAAUAGCAAACCGCAAAAUUUUGGAGGAUUUAUACUUAAAAAAGCAGAUUCUUCUUAAGCAAGGAGUUGCUUCAUCUUUAAAUCCACCCACAACACCAGCUGUUGCCUCAACUAAUUCAACCAGCCCUGACGGACACACUAACGCCAUAAGUUCGAUGCAACGUGCUGCUCUUCAACAGGCAAAUGCACAGUCGAUGGGAUAUUUUAUAUCACAAGAUUCUUCAUUUGGAAACUGUGUUUUACCUGUUAUUCCUCGUUUUGAGACGAAAUAAUUAGUACAAUGUGGCCUUGUAUGAAG